CUGGCAGAAAAUGUCACCUGGAAAAGUUCUGCAACCUGCAGUGAAAAUGAAGGUGGAUGAACUCUUUUUGUGCUGGUUGAGUCAGCCUGCAACUCAGGUAAUACUAAAGGACUGCUUGAGAAGAAUCAAGAAUAAGGAGAAAACUGAGUUUGGUAACGCAGAUUCAGGAAACAGUAAAAAUGAGAGCCUCACCAGUGAAAAUUCCAAUUACAAGCAGUGCAUAUUAGGAGAUACCAGACUGCCUUUGAUGUCUUUGAGUCCUCCUCAGCUUUCUACUACUCUUCCAUUGGCGACUCCAGCUAGCUCAAGGAGCAUCUCUAAUGUUAGAGCAACACGCCGAUCCUCAGGGACCAAAGAAGUUCAAACAAAGAAGGAAGAAACUUUGCCACCAUCACAUAGUCAAAACAUUCCAACUUUUUAUUUUCCUCGAGGAUGUCCUAAGGAAAAAGUGAAUAUAGAUGCUGUGAUUGCCAAAAUUGAGAAAACUUUUUCUGAAUUUCCAAAUGAGAGGGCAACGUUAGAAGACAUGGGUAAGGUUGCAAAGGCUUGUGAAUGCCCACUCUACUGGAAAGGUCCUUUGUUUUAUUGUGCUGGAGGUGAACGAACAGGAUACGUGUCAGUUCAUAAAUUUGUUGCAAUGUGGCGGAAAGUACUUCAGACCUGCUAUGAUGAUGCUGCGAAGUUUGUUCAUCUUCUGAUGAACCCUGGAUGUAACUACUUGGUGCAAGAAGACUUCAUUCCUUUUUUACAAGAUGUGGUGAAUAGUCAUCCAGGCCUUUCAUUUUUAAAAGAAGCAUCUGAAUUCCAUUCUCGGUAUAUUACAACAGUCAUACAGAGAAUAUUUUAUACAGUAAAUAGGUCCUGGUCUGGGAAAAUAACUUGUAAUGAGCUCAGGAAAAGCAACUUUUUGCAGAAUGUGGCAUUAUUGGAAGAGGAAGCUGAUAUUAACCAGCUGACAGAGUACUUCUCAUAUGAACAUUUUUAUGUUAUCUAUUGCAAAUUUUGGGAGCUGGACACAGACCAUGACCUCUAUAUUGAUCGGAAGGAUUUAGCUCGACAUAAUGAUUAUGCAAUUUCAAAUAGGAUGAUAGAGCGCAUCUUCUCAGGAGCAGUAACAAGAGGUAGAAAAGCACAAAAAGAUGGGAAGAUUAGCUACGCUGAUUUUGUCUGGUUUUUGAUAUCUGAAGAGGACAAAAAAACACCAACUAGCAUUGAAUACUGGUUCCGCUGCAUGGAUCUUGAUGGGGAUGGUGCUUUGUCUAUGUAUGAAUUGGAAUAUUUUUAUGAAGAACAGUGCCAAAAAUUAGAGAACAUGGCCAUAGAACCUUUGCCAUUUGAAGACUGUUUGUGCCAGAUGCUGGAUCUUGUAAAGCCACAACAUGAAGGAAAAAUUACUCUGCAUGAUUUAAAGCGAUGUAAGUUGACAAAUGUGUUCUUUGAUACUUUUUUCAACAUUGAAAAAUACCUUGACCAUGAACAGAAGGAUCAGUUUUCUAUGUUGCGGGAUGGUGAAGGUGAAAGUCAAGAGGUCUCUGACUGGGAGAAAUAUGCUGCUGAAGAGUAUGGUAUCUUGGUAGCAGAAGAGGCAGCAAGUGACCAGUGGAAUGACGGGUAUGAAGCAGAACUGAAUCCUGUAGAUCAUCAGAAGGCCAGUGUUCUAAAGUAUCAAACGGAGAAAAGACCAUUUUUUGAAAUGCCUUCCCAUCUGGCUGAUGUAGACUUGGAUGAAUAUGAUUAUGAUGAGGAUUUUGAAUAGAGGUUACUUAUGGUCAGCACUUGCAGAAGAGAAGGGACAGUCUGCAGCAGGUCUGCUACACACUGAUACGUUUCAGUGGGGUUUCUUUCCAGGAAGUCAGCUUAGUUUUGUGCUAAAAAUAUCUAAUCACUACACUACCUUUUAAGUAAAAGUGCAUUUAUAUGGAAUGAUGAGAUUUUUGUAUUUAUUCAAUAGUUUAUUGUUUGUAAAAUAGAUUAAAAUAUUUAUUUUCAGAUGUUGCAUAAUUCCUUUUUGGAAGAAUAACAAUAUUUGACUUAAGAGAAAAGAUAUUGUUUUUAAGAGAACUGUAUAAUUCUCUUGAAGCUGAUGUGUGGUGCACUGACCAUCUCCAUCUCACCUGUGUACAGGUAUUUCUGUCCUGGUAUGGGAGGUAAGGAGACAAUUUACACCUGCAGUUGCUCAUGCUCAUAGACAGCCCUCUUUUAGGUUUGAUGCCUUGGAAAGGAAGAGACGUGACAAUGAGUGCACAGUUCAGCACUCAUUUACAAACAGAGUUUUGUCUGACAAGCUCUGCAUAUUAGUAGAAUACACUAAAGUGAACACCCAAGACAAGUUGUUUUUCUUUUCUGUGUAGUCCUUGUUUGCCCCAACUUUAAUUUUGCCCUUUUAAACUUUAGUCUUUUUGUUGAUGUUAAUCAUAAAAAGAUUAUUUAACAGUGAAGUCUGAGUGUUCAUCCUUGAUCCAAAAUGGGUGUGUUAAUUCAUGCAGAAGGAACCAAUUUUUUUUUUUCUUAAUCCUUUGUAUAAAUGUUACUUGAUCAGUGAUGUGCACUAAUUUGUUGUGGGCAUUCAGUGCUUUUGUCUGUCCUCCCCUUUGCUUGUUUGCUAUUGACACAUUCCAUGGAUAUUCAUCAGUGUCACAGCAGCUUGAAAUUGUUGCCUCACUUAACUGUUAAACAGGUUUUGUUGGGAAAAAUGUACAAAAAGAUGUAAGUUAUUUUUUUGUUUGCAGUGUAGAUCUUUUAAAAUGUUUAGAAAACAUGUUUGUAUUUUCAAAUAAAGAUUUUCAUACAUGUAAUUUAACAGUUGUAAUUUUUACAUACUGCACACAAUUCAUGUCUUAUAAAGAGCCAUUCACCACAGGAUGGGUUACACAGGUAUGCAGCCUGGUUGGAUAAUUACAACAAGCUGCAUAUGCAAAGCAAUCAGCCUCUAGCAGGGUUUUCUUCAUCCAAAAGAACAUUUGCUGAGCAGCUGGGAGAAACCUGUUGUGCUCAACUCCUCACACAAGCUCCUGCACAAACCUACACCCCACCUGUGUAUCAAGAAACUUACUGCUGCAGGGAAACUCAAGUAAUUGUAAUACCAUUUGAAGAAUUUUGGUUAAUUAUUCCAGUUUUAAUACAGACUCACCAAUGUCAAAGUUCUCCAGGGCUGGCUGGCUACCUUUCACUAACUGCCCAUGGUUUGGGGCUUUUAAACAGUAAAGAUACAUAGAGCAUUUCUGUGACGCUCUGUUCCCUCAGGGAAAGAAUGACCAACUGGCUUUGCAGAAGAUGAUCCUGAACAUCUGUUGCAUUGCAACAGAUGCAUUUUCCUACCCUAAAACUUUUCUCAAGAAGGGAGCUUGUAACUGUGCAGCAAACAGCCACAGACUUUCCCAGCAUGCAGUGACACAUCUCUGUCCCACAGCACUAUGGUGCAGGGUCGAUCUCUUCUGCAGAGCCAGUAUCUGUUGUUGCCACUUUGUGUUUAAUGAAGUGCCUGUUAAAUCCUGGUCUCUAUUAUACUUGUGCUAACCAAGUCCCUUCUUUCCUACGUAGAAUGUAUCCUGCUGUUAUCAGAGAAGUCCUUUUUCUUAAAAUAUGGGCUUGCGGAUUUACUGGACCUUGCCUCUGCAGGGUAAUUACCAUCCCAAUCCCACUGUUACAAAAAUUAAAGCAUCCAUAUAUUUGAUGUGAUUCCAGGUAUAACUGUUUUCCUAGUCAAGCUGUAUCUGCCUACCUGGUGAGUCCUUAGGCCUAGAUCCACAAAUCAUCCACAGAUGGAUGAGGGGAAGCAUCAGUACCAGUCCAGAUAAGGGGGAGUUACUGAUAGAGGAACCUGAGAACUAUGUCCUUUGUGUCAGCCUGCACACUGUGCACAAGGAAAAUCAUGGAUUCACUGUGGCCACUUCAGUGUACCCAAUACCUGGGCAACAGUCAUGGCUUUCAC